GCAGCGGUGUGGGGGCACACGCACACUCACACGCUCGCUCGCCUGGGUGACCUCUACAUAUACGCAGAGCCUCCCUGCCCUCUUGGAGCAUCCAGAAACAGGAGCCUCCGGCCUGCCCUGCCGGGGUCGCCAUCGCAGCUGGGGCUGUGGGAGCACAGGCCUGCGCUGAAGACGGAGCCCUUCUCCAGCGUCUUUCUCUCCCAUCCUGAUUCUUGCCCCUGGAUGCAGUUACUGUGAAUAAAGCUGCUAUGGACAUUUAAGUCCUAAUCUUUGUGUGGACGUGUGCUUUCAUUUCUCUUGGAUAAAUAUGUAAAAGUGGAAGUAAUUGAUCAUUUGGAUGCUGUCCUCUCCUGAGGCGAUGGCGUGCUCCCGGACCUGCUCCCGCAUCCUGGGGCUGAGUCUCGGGACUACUGCCCUGCUUGCUGCUGGAACCAACACAGUGCUCCUCUUUCCUAACUGGGAUGCGACCUACCUGUUGAGAGGCCUCAUUGGCAGGCAUGCCAUGCUGGGCUCUGGGCUCUGGGGAGGAGGCCUCAUGGUACUCACUGCAGCGACUCUCAUCUCCUUGAUGGGCUGGAGAUAUGGCUGCUGCCGUGAGAGCGGGCCCUGCCGAAGCAUGCUCACUUCUCUGCUGUCCAGUAGCCUGGCUUUUCUAGGAGCCUUGAUUUGCUUUAUCACUUCCGGGGCAGCCCUGAAAGAUGGCCCUUUUUGCAUGUUCGAUGCCUCAUCCUUCAAUCAGACGCAAGCUUGGAAAUAUGGCUACCCAUUCAAAGACUUGCAUAACAGGAAUUAUUUGUAUGACCAUUCACUCUGGAACUCUGUCUGCCUGGAGCCUUCUAAAGCUGUCAUCUGGCACGUGUCCUUCUUCACCACCCUUCUGUGCAUCAACCUCCUCCAGAUUCUGCUGGUGGUCAUUCAUUUCAUCAACAGCUUCCUGGGCCUUCUCUGCAGCCUCUGUGAGAAGCGAUAGGUAAUGUCCUUUCAUGCAAGAGAGUUUUCCUCAGAAGCUGCCUUGAAUCCCUUCUGUAAGAAGUGGGUAUGGAUUGUAAACAAACUUCUCUUUUAGGCAUUCCUGUAACAAUAAUGAUUCCUUGCAUCAUGAUAUUGAAUGAUGCUGAAUUACACUGAUGAAUAUUAAAUCACAUUGUAAACUACAAGUCAUUAUUAUUGCAUAGGAACUUACAGUUCAUAAAAUAUCUCC